UUACCACAGUAACCUUUUCCAAUCUCUGCAGCUCGCUCCUUCCUUCUCCAUAUAUGCCACCUCCACCGGCCACUCGUCUACCGCUAAUAAGAAAAACACCAUUUUCAUCACUGAAACAUUCAGAGAACUUGGAGCAGUUCGGCUUCAACAGGUUGGAUAUUAAAGAACAAGUUUUUGAAGCUUCUGGAGAGGAGCUGCCGGUAGGAUAACUCUGGCCGACACUCUGGUGCCACUUUUGUAUGCCGGAGCAGGCGUCAGUCCCUUGUUAUCCGGUCCUUGUUCUUCUUGCUCUUUUACUAGGGCAUUGCUUUGGUGCCUUCCUAUUGACUACGGCUAACUCUCGAUCAAGCAUCUCCAAUGUAAUCAUCUCUUUUUCAAGGUUUCCUCUAGCAAUUCAAACUCAGUUAUCAACUGCCGGAGAUUUGAGCAUUGUUAAAAUACAUUCGAACCAAGAAAGACAAGGAAUUCAGAGUGAUCCAUUUUCGGCUUAUUGCAAGAACUUUGAAUUGCACAAAUUGUGAAAUGGCCAAAUUUAGCUGCUUAUCUGUAUUAACUGGGCGAAAGAAGAAAGAUAAGGAAGAUAGCAGUUUUUCAAGAAGUCUUGAUUUCAACAGAGGGCUUAGAUCCCUGCAAAUUAAGUUUGAGAGCCCAAUGAAACCUUCCGAGAGUGAUGAAUUGCGGACUAAUUCUGUCAGUAUCUCCGAACCUCUCCAGAAGAAUUAUUGUUCUGAUACCAAGGUGAUGAGACAUGAGAAUCUUGACAGCAGUGACACAGAAGUAACCUAUGAGGGGGAGGAUGAGCAUGAAGAGAACAAUUCAAUCAAGAGAGAUUUCUCUGACCUCGAUCUUCAGGCCCACGUUGCUAAUUCUGGUGAAAUAGACUCUCCUCAAACUUUUGCGGAGUUGAAUUAUUCUAAUUCAUUUGGCACUCAGAUGAAUGAACUUGUUGUGAAGAGGGCUGGGGGAGAUUUUACUGAUAGGAUACAAAGAGGACAUAUAAGUGAUUCCGGGAUUGGAAAGGCAGAAUUCUGGCCUUCACCAAAGCUUAAGCGCUCUUGCUCUAAUUUGGAAAUGAGUAACAUGCUCCAAAAGAUUGCCGAGCUGCCUCCUUCAAAUUCUCAGUCAUUUGAAGAAUUGCAGGCCUUGUCUAAGAGUGCGAGGAGGCAAGUGUAUCCCAACAGCCCUGCAUCUGUAAUGACAUAUUGCAGUGCUGAUAGAGUGAUGUUAAAGCAGCAUUCUUCGAGCCAAAUUCUACCUUCCAGGAGUAGAAGGCUGUGGUGGAAACUGUUUCUCUGGAGCCACAGGAACCUCCACAAACCAUGGACCCAGAAAGUAAGAUCAGUUGCUGUCAAUGAUGCUUUAAACCAGCAAUAUGGGUACUCAUCAGACCCACUUGAACUAAACCAGGCCAUGGCAUCAAGCAAGAUUGAAUCACCUGGAUCAUUUACUGGAGAAUCCUUUAAAGAAGGAUGCAGCAAGGAACACGACAAUCAGAGUUGGGAUGGUUUUCAUGGUGGAAAUUGUGGUUUAUGGCCACAGAACGAAUGGGUUGCUUUCCCAGUGGAGUCAUCCUCCUUUGCAAGUGUGGACAAGUGGGUGAGAGACCUUGAGACCAAACCCCAGCCCCCACCAGAUUGGGAUGAUAACCAUGAUGAGGGCAUUGUUUUCCCUCCCUCUCCUGAAAAUGGCAGAUCACCAACAAGAAGCACAACCCUUUUAGCCCAGCGUUCGGAGAUCAUUCUGUCAGAGGAGAUUGUUCAUGCCAAUAGCGUCAUCCAGUCACUGAACUCCUCCUCAAGUGUGGCUCACAUAUCAGGCAUUGGCUUGAAAGCUAUUCCCAUGAUAUCAGGCUUCUAUAGCCUUCGAACUGUUAACUUAUCAAACAAUUCUAUAGUUCACAUCACUCCAGGAUCACUGCCAACGGGCCUUCACGUUCUUAACUUGUCCAGAAACAAAAUCAGCACUAUCGGACUGAGAGACUUAACCCGGUUGCGAGCUCUUGAUCUCAGUUACAACCGAAUUACUCGAAUUGGACAAGGUCUGUCAAAGUGUACACUAAUCAAAGAACUAUAUCUUGCUGGGAAUAAGAUCAGUGAUGUUGAGGGUUUGCAUAGGCUCCUAAAGCUGACAGUGCUAGACCUGAGUUUCAACAAGAUAACCACAACAAAAGCUCUUGGCCAGCUUGUUGCCAACUACAAUUCAUUGCUAGCUCUGAAUCUUUUGGGUAAUCCAAUUCAGGGCAAUAUCAGCGAUGAGCAGAUGCGUAAGGCAGUUUGCGGACUCUUGCCAAAGCUUGUGUACCUGAACAAGCAGCCCAUCAAACCUCAGAGAGCACGAGAGGUCCUCACUGACAGUGUUGCUAAAGCUGCUCUUGGGAACAGCAGUUUGAGCUCUCGUAGAAAAGCCGUGAAAAGAGCAAGCAUGGCUCUGUCACCAUCCUCCAGUGGGCGUAGGAGUAGUGUUAAUGUUGGUGUUGGCCAGAAGAGCAGAAGCAGAUCAAAGAGCCGGGUUCAUCGACAGUUGAAUAGGGAUAUAUCUGCAGGAGCUUCUUCAUCCCAUCAUUAGUUGUUUCUUCUCCUGUAUUGUCACUCCAAACCUGUUUGCAUGGAAGACAUUGCUGGUCUCAGCAAAACUAGCUUAAUUCAUUUGUUAUGGUUUCUUAAUUUCUUUUGCUGGUUUGUUCAAACAGGAAAAGGGUUGCUUCUAUUUGUUCUCUUCAA